AUGGUCUUCUUGAAGGACUUCACAGUCUCGCUACUUUUGUCAGCAGCAUUCAGUGUAGUGAUUUUUGACUCUCAUGUUGAUGCAUGUGCUUCAACUACAUCGGCAGACUGUGUCAACUGCGAAAUCUUCAAAGUCGACAUUGCUGGCAUUUUCGAUUCUAAUAUGAGGGGUUACGUAGUAGAAACUCUUCCGGAUCGUAAGUGUGACCGAGAAUUUCGAGCGACUCCAAAUUGUAUGGGAACUGGUGGACCGUGCACACUAAGGUUCUUCUCAGGCUUAGGCCAGUCGGGCAACUUAAUUCAUUCUACAACUAAUUAUAACCAACAACUGAGGGUCUAUUGUCCGCCUGAAAGUGGAGGAUUGUGGGCUACGGUACAAGGAGACACGAUGCAAGUUUCAAAUGUACAGUCAAUGGAUAUUACUACGUAA